GGACCACCACCACCACUAGCUCUUUCUUAGCUCUCCAUUAAUACAGAACCUUGAAGACCUUCCCUUUACAUUCCUGAUUCUGAGAUGGAAGCGCAACAUUCUGGACACGGGCAUAUAAUUGAAGUGCAUGGAGAUGUGAAAGAUAUUGAGUCAAGCUUGCGUGGUAACAAGGUUUGUGCGGAAGCACCAUGUGGAUUUUCAGAUCCUAAUAACAGUUCCAAAGAUGCUAAGGAACGAUCAGCAUCAAUGCGGAAGCUUUUGAUAGCAGUUGUGCUCUGUGUCAUUUUCAUGACUGUGGAAGUUGUUGGGGGUAUUAAAGCCAAUAGUCUUGCUAUUAUGACUGAUGCAGCUCAUCUAUUGUCGGAUGUUGCAGCAUUUGCAAUUUCCUUGUUCUCGCUAUGGGCAUCCGGAUGGGAAGCAACUCCACGCCAGACUUAUGGCUUCUUCAGAAUUGAAAUACUCGGCACACUUGUUUCCAUUCAGAUGAUAUGGCUUCUUACUGGGAUUCUUGUUUAUGAAGCCAUUGCUAGACUCAUUAAUGAGACCGGUGAAGUUAAGGGAUUUUUGAUGUUUGUUGUUUCUGCAUUUGGUUUAGUGGUUAAUAUUGUUAUGGCGUUCCUGUUGGGUCAUGAUCAUGGCCACGGGGAGCAUGAUCAUGGUCACGGUCAUGACCAUGGUCACAACCACAGCCAUAGUAACCACAAUCAUGGACACAGUGGACAUCAUCAUAACAAUGAGGACCAUCACGAUCAUGGACAUGAUGAUGGGCACCAUCAUUCUGAGGGAGGAGAUCACACACAUCCACUGCUGAAUGAAAAUGCAAAACAGAAGAAACAACGAAAUAUCAACGUGCAAGGUGCUUAUCUUCAUGUACUCGGUGACCUCAUUCAAAGUAUUGGAGUUAUGAUAGGUGGAGCAGUCAUAUGGUACAAGCCAGAGUGGAAGAUUAUUGACUUGAUAUGCACGCUUGUAUUCUCAGUAAUUGUGCUAUGGACAACGAUCAAAAUGAUGCGCAACAUUUUGGAGGUUCUUAUGGAGAGCACUCCGAGAGAAAUUGAUGCCACAAAACUUGAGAAAGGUCUCUGUGAGAUGGAUGAGGUUGUGGCAGUUCAUGAACUACAUAUUUGGGCCAUUACUGUUGGGAAGGUGCUGCUGGCUUGCCAUGUCAUUGCUAGGCCGGAUGCGGAUACUGACAUGGUACUAGAGAAGGUGAUAGACUAUAUCAAGAGGGAAUAUAAUAUCACUCAUGUUACUAUUCAGAUAGAGCGUCAGUAAUCUGGACUCGGAUGAUUUGCGUCAUCACUCGGGUGUUGUAACUAGGUUGGUUGGUUUCUCUUAGACUGACGUUUCUUAUAAUAUCCAUCUUCUAUUGCUUGCUUUCUACAUUCCUUCGUGAUUCAUCCCUCAUUGCCUUAACUCCUAUUCAUGCUAAGAUUAAAAAAACUAUUCCAUCUCUCUAUGCU